ACACCACUUUGCUCAGCGUCAAAUAACGGCCAUCUUGAAGUCGUCAAGCUGCUUCUCAAAAAAGGAGCAGACGUAGCAGGGGCCAAUAAAGUUGGAUGUAAGCCACUCUACCCAGCGUCAAACAACGGCCAUCUAGAAGUCGUCAGGCUGCUUCUCGAGAACGGGGCAGACGUAGCAAGGGCUAAUAAAAAUGGAUGGACGCCA